CCCUCGUCCUCCUCCUUCCUCCGGCGCGUCCCGAUUCGAUCCGAUUCGAUUAGGGUUUCGAUUUCCUUUGAUCCGCUCCUCCUCCCGAUGGGACCGGAAAGUCAGCGCCUUUGCCCGCCGCCCGGCUCUCCCCCGCCGUUCCUCCGAUCGGGCCUCGGCUCCGGCGUCCCUGCGAUCGCCGAUUGAAUCCUCCGGUUCUGGGGUUUCCCUUUUGGCGUGGGUGGGUUGUUGUUUGUUCUUCGUGGGGGGGAGAAAGCGGAGAUCUUUUUUUUCUGCUUUGGGGACAUCUCUUUUCGUCGAUUGGGACGGUUCUUUGCCCGAUUUAGGCUCCGCCUUUUGCGUCUGCGUUUUGAUUUGAUUCGUCUCGGAUGGUGGGUUCGGAGGGGCUGGGGGCGUCGCCGCCCCCCGCGGCGGCGGCGACGUCGACGGCGGCGGCGGCGGCGGCGGCGGCGGCGGCGGCGGCGAGGCAAUUCGGGGUUACGAAGCCGAUUUCGGUGUUGGGGCCCAACGAGGCCGAUGUUCAGAGAAGCAUGGAGUUGGAGAAGUUUUUGGUCGAUGCUGGACUCUAUGAGAGCGAGGAGGAAGCUCUGAAGAGACAAAUGGUUCUCCAUCGGAUUGGGCAGAUCGUAAAAGAUUGGGUGAAGCAACUAACUCGUCUACGCGGGUACUCUGAUCAAAUGGUGGAGGAUGCAAAUGCUGUUAUUUUUACUUUUGGUUCUUAUAGGCUUGGGGUACAUGGCCCUGGUGCUGACAUAGACACUUUGUGUGUUGGGCCAUCCUAUGUGAAUCGAGAGGAGGAUUUCUUCUUCAUAUUGCAUGACAUCCUGGCACAGAUGGAAGAAGUGACAGAACUACAGCCAGUUCCCGAUGCUCAUGUCCCUGUAAUGAAAUUUAAGUAUGAUCGGAUAUCAAUCGACCUUCUUUAUGCAAGCACUUCGCUACUGGUUGUGCCAGAUGAUUUUGACAUCUCCCAAGUAUCUGUUCUGUAUGAUGUCGAUGAACCUACUGUUCGAAGUCUCAAUGGGUGCAGGGUUGCAGAUCAAAUUCUAAAGCUUGUUCCGAAUGUUGAGCAUUUUCGGACUACCCUCCGCUGUCUAAAGCUUUGGGCAAAAAGGCGUGGUGUCUAUUCCAACGUGACUGGAUUUCUUGGUGGUGUCAACUGGGCGUUACUUGUAGCUCGUGUGUGCCAGCUUUAUCCUAACGCGAUCCCUAGUAUGCUAGUUUCACGGUUUUUCAGAGUUUAUACGCAGUGGCGUUGGCCGAAUCCUGUGAUGUUAUGCCCAAUUGAAGAGGAUGAACUUGGCUUUUCUGUCUGGGAUCCUCGGAAAAAUCCUCGUGACAGGACCCAUCAUAUGCCUAUCAUAACACCUGCAUAUCCUUGUAUGAAUUCUAGCUAUAAUGUCUCAAUUAGUACUCUGCGUGUUAUGAUGGAACAGUUCCAAUUUGGCAACAAGAUAUGUGAGGAGAUAGAAUUGAAUAAGGCCCAGUGGAGUGCACUAUUUGAGCCUUAUAUGUUCUUCGAAAGCUAUAAAAAUUAUUUGCAGGUCGAUGUAAUUGCUGCGGAUGCAGAUGACUUGCGUUCUUGGAAAGGCUGGGUAGAAUCAAGGCUUAGGCAGUUGACUUUGAUGAUUGAACGGGACACAUAUGGGAAGUUGCAAUGCCAUCCAUACCCUCAUGAGUAUGUUGAUAUGUCGAAGCAAUGUGCACAUACGGCUUUUUUCAUGGGUUUGCAGAGGAAACAGGGGGAGAAAGUUCAGGAAGGUCAGCAGUUUGACAUACGUGGGACGGUUGAUGAAUUUAGGCACUCAAUAAAUAUGUAUAUGUUCUGGAAACCGGGGAUGGAGAUAUAUGUUUCUCAUGUCCGCAGAAGGCAGAUUCCGUCUUAUGUGUUUCCUGAUGGAUAUAAGCGAGCUCGAUCUAGAAUUUCAACCCAGCAUCAAGGCGAAAAAGGUUCCUCAGAAGAUGCUGAUGUGUGCAAGGGUGGAUCAGCUGAGAGAGACCUGAAAAGGAAGAAGAGCCCUGUAGGGGAGGAGGAGGAUGUUAAGCAAGGUGUUUUGGAGAAACGCAUGUCUCUCAGUCCACAAACGCGUGAUUCAGUAUCACCUGAAAUUGUUACUGACAAACCCAGCAACCUGUCCCGGGAGAAUUCUGAGUUUAACACAACAUCUCAGGUUGGCAAAAGUUGCGACGUUGAGUCUAUUAACUUUAGUGCUAAUACCGGGCCCACCAACCAACAGCUGAAAUUAGCUGAGGUUAACGAACAGUCAAAGCUAGAAAAUGCAGAAGGUGGCUGUGCUUCUAAUUUCAGUGUUGUCGGAGUCCUUGCAAGUGGGGUGGGGUCAUGUGAGGGCUUGCGGAUGGAGUCUGCUGUUGGAAGCAGAGAGGGGAAUAAUGGGAGUGUUGAGGGCAGCAUUGAUGGUAGUACCAAUCCGGGGUCUUCACGGAGUGAUUCAUGUGAGGCAGAUUCGAACUUGUCCUUGGAGAUUGGAUGUGCCGAGUUCGCAGGAGGUUUGCAAGAAGAAUUGGAGCCAAAUGCAGUGGUUGGGCUGGCACUUCAGUCAAGGGGCGGCAUGGACCCAGAGGUGCAGAAGCCAGUGAUAAGUUCGAUGGCAGGUUGAGUUUUACAUGAGCAGCCAGCUUCGAAAGGAUUGAGGAAGUGAAUGAACUGAUAAAAGUUCUUGGCUGUGAGGCCAUCAGAGUCAGAAAGAUCAAAGGAGACAGAAAGCCAGCAGUUUCUGGUAAGUACCUAUUAAUUGCUGGCUUUCAUUUGUUUCUUUUUCAGGCGCAUUGGUACCUUCAUAUUGUGAAGCAAACUUCAACCAAAAAAUGAAAAAAAAAGGAAGCAAAUUAGUCUUCAAACGUGGUGUGAAGCGUGAACUGCAGCUUUCAGAGCAAAGCUUUGCGGUUUGAUCUGUACAGUUCUAAUUUUAGACUGAAGCGCUUGAUGGUCACACUGAUUAUUCCAGCAUUCUGUCAAGUAUGGGAAAAUGUCGUGAAAUAUGCUGGAUUAGUUCGGUGGGCUUUUCUUUCUAUAGAAAGUGGUUUUGUUUAUGAGGAUUGAGGAUCUCGCCAUAUGGACAACAAGAUGCUUCAGUAGGUUAGCGUGUGAAGUAUGCAGGUUUCGAUGUUCUACUCUGUUUUCGAGUCAUUGUACACUACUGACCUGUAAUGGAAAGGAUAUUUAGCCUC